AUGGCUGCGACGAGAAAGUUGCAAGGUGAAAUAGAUCGGUGCCUUAAAAAAGUAACAGAGGGCGUGGAAACCUUUGAAGAUAUCUGGCAGAAAGUUCAUAAUGCCACUAACAGCAAUCAGAAGGAAAAGUACGAGGCUGACCUUAAAAAGGAAAUCAAGAAACUUCAAAGGUUACGCGAUCAGAUUAAGAGCUGGAUCGCAUCGGGUGAGAUCAAGGAUAAGAGUACGCUUCUCGACUACAGGAAGCUAAUCGAAACUCAAAUGGAAAGAUUUAAAGUUGUGGAAAGGGAAACAAAAACAAAGGCUUAUUCUAAGGAAGGCUUGGGUGCAGCGCAGAAACUAGAUCCAGCUCAGAAGGAGAGAGAAGAAGUCAGUAAUUGGCUGGCUAAUUCCAUAGAUUCUCUUAAUUUACAGUUGGACACAUUUGAAUCGGAAAUAGAAUCGUUACUGGCGGGGAAGAAAAAAAGGUUAGACAAAGAUAAACAAGAUAGGAUGGACGAGUUGAAGGCGAAACUCGAUAAACAUCGCUAUCAUAUCCGUAAAUUGGAAACAUUGUUACGUAUGCUCGACAACAUGUCUGUCGAAGUCAACACAAUCAAGAGGAUAAAGGAGGACGUUGAAUAUUAUAUUGAAUCUUCGCAAGAUCCAGAUUUUGAGGAGAACGAGUAUAUUUACGACGAUAUUAUCGGCCUUGACGAAGUUGAGUUGUCCGGGGUUGGUAUUCCUUCAUCAGCAACGACGGAUAGUAACAACAGCAACGAAACGGGAGGCACACCAACUUCGACUAAUUCCUGUACUUCGCCUUCCGUCAUACCAUCACCGCCGUUGAGCUCUACUUUGCACAACCAUUCGAGCGAUAGUUCUACGGAGAAUGACAAGAAAACAAAGCCUGUGAAACCAACAGCAGUCAGGCCGUUACUGAAUACGCAAGCGAGCAUUCCAACCACGGGAAGCACUGCCACCAUCAAAUCGAACAUGUUAUCGAGCAGCACUCCGAGUAAAACCAUUCCCAUGACACCUAGCCAUAGCUCGCCUAGUUCUACGAGCAAUCACAUCGCCACGACUAACGCCGGCAAUUUCGCCACCGUAGCUGCCUCGCACAGUAAUUCGCAAGCCAUUCAUUCUACCUCUAAUAAAACAUCCAGUCACAACAGCGAAAAUGGUAUUUUGUCGUCGUCGUCGUCGUCGUCCACGUCUAACGUUACGACCAAUGUGCCACAAACGGUCGCGCAGCAGCACAAUAAUAAUCCGCCGCCGCCGCCACCGCCGACACAAACGACGCAUAUACUGCAUAGCCAGCAAAGCCAGAAUCACAAUAGCGAAACGGAGAUCGUUACGCCGGUACCGCCAUCCUCGUCGCCGCAGUCAUCCGUUAGCAGUAGAUCCUCACCGCUGCCCGCGAAUUCCUGCUCGCCAGCACCGUCCACUGCCAAUGGUCUCAUCCCUAAACUUCCCGAUGGCAUGUCCUCUCUAAAAUCCAUCGCCCAACAAGUCAUUGUCCGAGCAGGUCUGGAGAUACCUCCCUCCGAGCCGAAUCGAAACAUCUUCGAUAGUGCCAAGACGAACAGUAAUAAUAACAACAAUGCUACGUCGGAAGCACACAUUCCUCCCUUGCUCGGCGUCGCGCCCCUCGGGCCUGUACCUCUACAGAAGGAACACCAGUUGCAGUUUCAAAUGAUGGAAGCUGCCUAUUAUCACAUGCCACAUCCAUCCGACUCGGAAAGACUACGUUCGUACUUGCCGAGAAACACGUGCGCGACUCCGCCUUAUUAUCAGCAGGUUCAGCUUCCCCAUUCGGAUACUGUGGAGUUCUUCCAACGUCUUUCUACGGAAACCUUAUUCUUCAUAUUUUAUUAUAUGGAGGGCUCCAAGGGACAAUACUUGGCGGCAAAAGCGCUGAAAAAACAGAGCUGGAGGUUUCACACCAAGUAUAUGAUGUGGUUCCAGAGGCACGAGGAGCCGAAAGUUAUCAACGAGGAAUACGAACAGGGAACGUAUAUCUAUUUUGAUUACGAAAAAUGGGGACAGAGGAAAAAGGAAGGCUUUACUUUUGAGUACAAGUACUUAGAAGACAGAGACCUGAAUUAACAAUACCGUCGUUCAUUUUGUCUUCGAAAUACGCCGUUCCUGUGUUGUACAAUACCGUCGGUAUUGUGUAUCCGAGCGAGAAAUUUCGCGGAAUACGUUUCUGUUCGUCGGUAAUGGGAUAUGUAAGAAAGAAAUUAAAUCGAGAGGAACAAACUCGUGCAUACGAGGCAAUGAAAGCAUUUCAUUACGUUUUGAUGCCGCGACGAUAUAAAAUCUCUCUUGAUCGAUUUUUUUCCCCCAAAAGUAAAUCACAAAAUGCGAGAUGAAUCACAAGCAAAAAAGAACAAAGAGAAACAGACUAAACAGCGAGACGAAGAGGUAGAUCACAAUUGGGAGGUUAAAUAAUUAUUGUAAAUGAUUACAAUAUAUAUGUAUAUAUGUGUGUGUGUGUAUAUAUAUAUAUAGACACAC